UGCGCAUGCUUUGCCAUUGCCAGUCCUCGAGUAAAACGCUGAGGAACAAGACCUGUUUGGUGACACGGAUAGUAUAACCUCGACGGGAAUUAAACGGAACCGCAAUGGAAUUUCUUUGUCCAGGGAUAACGCUCCAAAUCCGGUCUCAUAGUUUGCAACCUACGAGGAAGAAGUAAGGCGGGGCGGCUCGCGGUAGUUCAACUUCAACUUCUACAUUCAAAUUCCUUCGUCGUCUCUCUUUUCUUCUGCAAGUUUCUGCGAAGUUCUCUCUGCUUCUUUCAGAUUCUAACGGCCAUCGGACUCUGGAGGGCAAGGAAACUGAGAGAUUGUGUAGAAAAAGAAAAUUGUAUAAGUUGGAUUCUCUCGACAUAUACUUGAGAUGUUCACCAGGAAGUCAAAAGGAGGGGAUUCCAAAAUAACUAAUACCAUAUACCUUCACAACCUCGCUAGUCUUAAGCUUUGAAGAAGACAGAUUCGGAAGUAUCCAGGUUAAUAAGGAUGAUCCCUGACUGAGAAUGUUAAGGUUUCUAGGUGUGUUCAGAUUUUUCCUUUGAAAUUAAUUGCAUCUGCGGAAUUACACCACAAUAGAUUAAGGCAGGUUAUGGAAAUGGCUGUUUGCAAUGAAAAGGCUGGUUUAAAAAAGAAAAGGAAAAGGAAACACAAAAGGAGGGGUAACACUACUAGAGGUGAUCACAGAGGUUGUGAUCCUGCUGAAGAUAAUGUAUCAACUGAUAAUACUGGUUCUCAAGAAUCUCCGAAAAAAAUAUGCUUAAAUGUGGAGCCAGAAAUGGGGCAAUCUCAUUCAGAAGUAAAUCUACCGAGGGAAAACAAUGAAAAGAAGCACGAUAAUUUACAAUGUAAAGAAGCUUCUGGAAUAUCUGUCUCAACCAUAUUAAACGUUAAAGUUCUUAAAGAAGAAGAUGGGAUGUCUACAUCCCUAAAUGCAGACUUCUGUUCGGCAGAUGGAAAGGAAAAUUCUUUAGUUCCUGAGGAACCAGAUGGGGAAGGUUCUAAUACAAUUAAAAGAGAUAAUGAGCACACGGAGGCUGUAGAUCAUUCAACUCCAUCAAGCCAUGUUGAAAUCCGAAGGAAAAGAAAAAGAAAUCGCCGUCGUGGAAAGAGAAGAUCCGUAGAGUCCCCUAAGAAAAGUUUGGAAUCCGAUGUGGAGGACGAAAAGGAAGUUGCUGUAUUGGGCCAUCCUCAUGAAGUGGAGUCAAGCAGCCACCUUAAAAAAUUUGCAAUAGAAGAGGUUAUGAGUAGGGUUUUGUUGGAUGAAUCUAUUGACUGCUUAAUUAGUGAAAAAGCCGAGUUGUUGUCUGCAAAUACAAAGGAAAGCUCUAUGGUUUUUGCAGAUCCUCUUAGGUCCAAGGAUCGUGAAAAUAUUACGAUGGUUAAAAAUGAUAAAGACUGCUUAGAGACUAAAGAUUGUUUGGGUCAAUCAAACAGUGAUGGUACUCAUGAAAAAAUAAAAAGAGAGAGAAAAAAACGUCGAAAAAGGAGAAAGUUUGCAGAUACCCUUGAAGGAAGUUUGAAUUCUGGUGUGGAAGACAGUAGGGAGGAGUCUACAGUCAACUGUUUAAAUGAAGCGGAAGCAACAAGUUUGCAUGAGCAUUCUAUCACCACCAAUAUAGUAAAAAAUGUUUUGGUGGAAGAAGUGUCCAUUGAAUGCUCCAUUGGUGAACUUCCAUCAGAAAUGAAGGAAAGUGAGCAGACCAUAAAGCAAAAAGUUCCUCAUUUGUUGGCUUGUGAUGCUACAAAUGAUAAUGUUGGUGCUGUUCUAGAGACAAAAAGUUCCUCAAGGAUAUCAAAUUCUUCAAAUGAAAAAGAUGCAACUGGUUGUUCAAAGAAAAAGCUUCUCAUACUUGACGUAAAUGGACUGCUUGUAGAUUUUGUUCCAUAUUUUCCAGAUGGAUACACUCCAGACAUUAUAAUAUCACGUAAAGCAGUAUUUAAGAGGCCCUUCUGUGACGACUUUCUACAGUUUUGUUUUGAGAGAUUUGAAGUGGGGAUAUGGUCAUCGAGAACCUGGAAGAACCUGAACAUGUUAGUUAGGUUUCUUAUGAGAGACUCCAGACACAAACUACUUUUUUGCUGGGAUCAAUCGCACUGUACAACUACAAGGUUCACCACUAUUGAGAACAAUAAGAAGCCCCUUCUUUUGAAAGAACUGAAUAAAAUAUGGGAAAAUUUGCAACCUAAUCUUCCAUGGAAAAAGGGGGAUUAUGAUGCAUCAAAUACAUUAUUGUUGGAUGAUUCCCCAUACAAGGCCUUGCGCAAUCCAGCAAAUACUGCAGUAUUUCCUACUACAUAUCAGUACAAGGACAGUGAUGAUACAUCAUUAGGACCUGGUGGUGAUCUUCGCACUUAUUUGGAGGGCGUAUCUAUGGCAGAAAAUGUUCAAAAAUAUGUUGAACAGAAUCCAUUUGGUCAAAAACCCAUUUCUGAAUCUAGUCCUUAUUGGAAAUUCUACCGUAAGAUUAUAAAAAGUGAGCAAAGUUAAUGGAGGUGCUCGUUGGCUCAAGUAUGAAGUCUCUUCUAACUUCCAAGUACGUGGUUGAGUUUGUGUAGCUCUUAUGCUCUGGAAGCGUUUCCGUCACAGGAUCCCCAUAUGCUGAUGAUUAAUUCUCACAAGGAUGUGGCCAUAUAUUUAAGACUGGUUCACAUGAUUUUUUGCUAUACUAUACAGUAGUUCAUCCUCUGCCAUAGUUGGAUAACCGUUGCUUGCCUUGCAAGAUUAGAAGUCUUUUUUCCCCUACAUCUUUCAAUAGAUUUUAUGUUUCCUUGUGGCAAAUUUUGUAAACUAAUUCGCUGAGUAGAGUACAGCUUCACCGUUUUUCUUAA